GAUUAGCAAUUUUGGUAAAGCCCUCUGGCGCAUUGGCGGUUAUUCAUUAGCCAAUGUAAAAUCUCGCUCCGUGGUGUCUGGGAGCGAUGGAAUGGCACCUAUCGAGGCAUUCGCCUUCUUUGCUCUUCCCCGAAUAUGCUGAGAUGAACUUUUGGAAACAAACCACAUUAUUUAAGCGAUAUCGGAUUGAAAACUAAGCCAGAAGCCCUCAGCUUACUGAGUCACGCAUGUAAAGAGGCCAUUGACAACUAAGUCCAAGAGAGCUUUCCAAGUCGAUGGCUUUUUCCGUACUCCUGGUUGGUUUGGUGCAGCUCUUCGUUUCGUGCGUCACUGUAGAAUCGAGAGGGAGGGAUGUGUCAAUAGCGUGUAACAAGAAUGAUAUGACGGUAUACCUGCGGCGUGACUUCCUAGCGGAUUUCUACUUGGAAGAUCUGAGAUUGCGUGACACGUCGUGUGAGUUCCAGAGCUCUCAGAACUGGACGCAUUUUGAGUUGGUGGUUCCACUGAUGCGAUGUGGGACAGAGAGCAGGCACACCAACGAGUCGCUCAUCUACUCCAAUAUCGUGCGACAGAAACCUAUCGAUCCGAAUGCGUUUAUCAACCGGAUGCCAAUAAUCGAGAUUCCAUUACAGUGUGCUUACGCUAAAAGGGUCUCGGCCACGUAUGUGGACUUGGAGACGACAAAGAAGAAGCUCGACCUGAAUAUUCGUGAUGGAGCAGGAGAGUUCUCUCUUCGGAUGGAUUUGUACAAGGACUCCACAUACUCUGACCCCAUUAAACCCUCAAGCUUCCCCUUAUCCGUCACGGUCAACGCAAGACUCUACUUUCAGCUCCUCGUAGAUACCCCCGACAAAAGCUUGUCAAUCAUCGCGGACGCAUGCUAUGCCACGCCCAAUAGGGCUCCUUCCGAGAAGGCCCGCUAUGACAUCAUCACUGAUAAGUGUCCAAGAGAUGCAACCUUACAGACGCACCCCUCCCCACACAGUGGGGCUCAGCGGUUUAGUUUCCAGUCCUUCCAGUUCGUUAGUUCCAAAGGGACCCCGCAUGUGUUUAUUCACUGUGAGGUCCGUGUAUGCAAGGCGACAGACGAGAGCUCUAGCUGCGCUAGAGGGUGCGAGGAGCCACUAGUUCAGAAGAGAUUGAAGAGAUCCGAGCGGGAGAAUGAAGAUGUUUAUAAUCUAGAGAGGGGACCUAUUAUAUUGGUGCUUGUUGACCGACCCGAGCCCCACCCAGAGAGACGAGGAGUCAGCGCGGUUUCCAUGCCUUGGAUACUCGUUGCGAUGGGGGUGGUCUGUCUUCUCUGUCUUGUUGUUGUCGGAUACACACAAAGAGAACUCUGGCGAGCUAAGCGCGAGAAAGAUGCCUGGGACAAAAUGAUACUCCCCGAACCAGACUGGGCGUUAACCAACCCUCAUCACGAUGGCCCGGACGGAAAGACUUCGGACGGUAAUAAAACGGACAGUGAGAUACAGGACUCUAACAAAAAAGAGUCGGUCACAGACAAAAUAAGUCUGGAUGCUUGUAAUAUAAUGUCCGACCCAAACAAAGAAAAUACGGAUGUUGACAAAAUGAUAUCAGGCACGAACAGAAUAGUACCUGAUCCAGAACGAACAACUACAUUAUGAUUCUCAUCUUGGCGGAGGCGGAGGAGCAGAAGGAAGGAAAAUAGAAUAAUCCAUAAAAUUUAACAAUAGAACUCGGUAAGGGUCCGAGCUGUACUGUGUAAGGAUCAUAUCCGAAAGGGGGAGUAGAAACACAAGUGUAAGAACAUUAAGAAAUGUAUACUUUAUAUCCCCCCUGAAUAAGAGCCUAAGAUUAAGUCUAGUCAGUGAAAAUACGUUCUACCAAGAGACCAUGAUGUAAGAGAACGAA